CCGGGCCCCGGGAUGGUGCAGCAGCGCGGCCCGCGGGGCCGGGGCGCAGAGGCUCGGCGGGAGCCCUGUGCCCCGUUACCCACCCGUGACACGGAACCGGCGUGGUGCAAAACGCCGAGCGGGCACAUCAAGCGCCCCAUGAACGCCUUCAUGGUCUGGUCCCAGCACGAACGCCGCAAGAUCAUGGACCAGUGGCCGGACAUGCACAACGCCGAGAUCUCCAAGCGCCUGGGCCGGCGCUGGCAGCUCCUCCAUGACUCGGAGAAGAUCCCCUUUGUGAAGGAGGCUGAGCGCCUGCGCCUCAAGCACAUGGCCGACUACCCCGACUACAAGUACCGGCCACGGAAAAAGGGCAAGGUGGGCACGGCCGCGGCCCGCCCGCGCCUCCCGGUGAAGAUCAAGCCCUCCGUGCUGGGCCGCGUCUCCACCGGCCGCAGGCAGACCGCCAAGACGCCCGCCGGCCACGAUGCCCCAAAGGAGCCCGCUCAGGAGGUGCCCACUGAGGACUGCCCCACGGCACCCAGCGCGGCAUCCGCCGGGCAGUGUGGCUCCCAGGAGCCCCCCGCGCCCCCCAGCCCCGCUGCUGCCUGCCCUGAGCCGGGGAGGUCUCCAGAGAGCGGUUCCCCUUCUCCCAUGUCAGCCGGGUCACCUCCCUCCUCCUUCAGCUCCUCCGACGAGGAGCUGGAGGAAGAGCUGCUGGGGGUCGUGCCGGGGCGGGUGGCCACCGGUUCCACCAGCGGUGGCCUGGACUGGUCCGUCUUCGACAAGGACCACGACCUCUUCCCACGGGGAAGCUCCUCACACUUCGAGUUCCCGGACUAUUGCACACCCGAGGUGACGGAGAUGAUAGCAGGGGACUGGCUCAUGUCCAGCAUCUCGGACUUGGUCUUUACCUACUGAGUGCCACGCUCGCUCCGCAGGUAACGCUCCUUCUUCUCUCCCGCAGUCAGGUCGGAUCCAAAAACCAGGAUAAAACAAACAAACAAACAAAAAAAGAACCGAAACCAGCUGUUUACAUGCAGGAAUCAGGUAUUUUGCCUUGAAGCCGCUGGAAGGCAGAGCUCCCUGCUCACCCCACCCCCCUCGGCACACACCCACUCCUCCUCCGUCCUUCCGUCUGUCCGGCUCUCGCCUGGCCGCCGCGGUUUGUUUGUCCGUGGAAUGCUGAACAUCCCCUCGGGUUUGCCUUGUCAGUGCCCGCUCCUUCCCCGCCCCGGGCUCCAAGCCAUGGCUGCUCCCAGCCCCACCGUGGCCCCUGCGGGCAGUGGGGGCGCCCACGCCAGCCCAGUGUUGCCUGCGGGCAGGAGGGGCAUCCAUGCCAGCCCCGGCUCUUGGUGCUCAUCCCACCCUCCCCAGUCCCUGGGGGAAUGCCCAAUUCCUCUGGCUUUUUGAUUCCAUUUAAAGCUCAUCUUCCAUUUUCUCCUCUCCCUUGCUGCAGGAGGGGAGUGGGGCCAUGUGGAGCCCUCCCUGCCGAGCACCCCAUUUCCUGGGGACCCCUGGGGGGGUUGGGGGUGGCACAGGACCCAGCUCUCUCCCCGCUGCCCACCGCUGGCUUUGGGAAGAGCCAAGCUGCUGGCACGUGAUGCCCACGUGGCAGCAGGAGGCUGUGCUGCUCCUCUUGCCAGGCAGUCCUGCCGAGGGGGCUGUGCCCAGAGCCACCCCAAACCCCUGCAGGGAUGAGCCCUUCCCCCAGCCCCGGAUUUAGCCUUAGACCCACUGCCCAUGCAGGACCCGCUGCGAGCCGGCUCGCUUGGCCUGGUGGAGCUGAUCCCACUGUGCCUGCUGGCAGUGGGUGGUGCUACCAGGGUGGCAGGAGGGCUGGGAAGGGAAGCUGAGGGAAGCCUGCCUUAAACCACCACCCAAACCGGGCUGAGAGCCGUGGUGGGCACUGCUGGGGCGUGGGUGAUGCCCUAGCAUGGUGCUCCUCCAUUCCGUGCCCUGCUGCCAGCUGUGCCAAGAGCUGGGGCAUCCCAAGGUGCUGCCAAGGAGCUUCCUGCCAGGGAAGGUCAUGCUGCAGGGGCUCCUCCAGCCAGGGUUUCCUUUGCUUUCCCUAAUGGCUCCUUCCUGCAAGGAGCCUCCUCUGCCUGCUGCCACCGAGCACGUGGCUGCCAUGGUGGCUCGGUGGCUGCCACCGGCUGCGCUUGUGGGACAGGGCCUGGGCUGUGCAGGGAGCUUGGCCACCGCAAGCUGCCAGCCCUGGGGCUGUGGCCAUGGCCAAAGGAGCU